UGGGCACCAAUAUUCAUCGGGACAAUGCUGCUCCUACAUUCGGUGUGUGUUUUGUUUCUGUUGGCACCUCUACUCUCUUCAGCUGAAGAUGACCCAACACAACCCCAGCGGAAUCCCUGUGCCAACUGGAUGGGUGGAGCACCUGGCUAUCCGGGACACAAUGGACAGCCAGGAAGGGAUGGUAAAGAUGGAAAGAAUGGAGACAAAGGAGACAAAGGCGAGCUAGGUGUUGCUGGGCAAAAAGGAGAAGCUGGUGAGCAAGGACCCCCAGGACCAGAGGGCCCACGGGGAUUUCCAGGAGCCCGGGGAGAGACAGGAGAGAGCCCAUUCAUACAUCGCUCAGCCUUUAGUAUGGGGCUGACUGUCAGAACAACCACUCCAAAUGUUCCUAUCCGUUUCACCAAAGUCUUUUACAAUGAUGAGCGCCAUUAUGAUGACAGCACAGGCAAGUUCCGCAGCAAUAUUAAGGGACUUUACUUGUUCACCUAUCAUCUGACUGUUUAUAUGAAAGAUGUCAAGGUCGGACUUUACAAGAAUAACAAGCCCAUCAUGUUCACCUUUGACCAGUUCCUGUCUAACAACGUAGACCAGGCUUCUGGCUCCAUCUUAUUGCACCUGGAUGUUGGAGAUGAGGUUUGGCUGCAGAUCUAUGGGGACGAUUUUGGAGGCAUCUAUGGAGACAAUCUUAAUGACUCUUCUUUCUCAGGAAUCCUACUGUAUCCAGACCAGACCUCCAAAUGA